CCGUGACUGCACCUCGCGCCCACUGAAUUGUGCAUUCUCGUCUCUCUCUCUGUCGAUCUCUCGACUGUGUUUGUGUUGCAGGAUAGUAAAUAUGUCAGGCAUAGGUCCAUUAACGCAGGACUGGGAGCCCGUGGUCAUCCGCAAAAAAGCUCCAAACUCCGCUGCUAAGAAAGAUGAGAAAGCCGUCAACGCUGCUCGUCGAUCCGGCGCAGAGGUCGAAACCAUCAAGAAAUCUAGUGCUGGUACUAACAAAGCCGCUUCAAGCAGCACAUCGUUGAACACUAGAAAGCUCGAUGAUGAAACUGAGAAUUUGACGCAUGAGAAGGUGCCUACUGAACUGAAGAAGAACAUCAUGGCUGCUCGUGUGGAGAAAAAACUCACCCAGGCGCAACUUGCACAGCUCAUUAAUGAGAAGCCUCAAGUCGUUCAAGAAUACGAAUCCGGAAAAGCUAUCCCAAACCAACAGAUAAUCACCAAGCUGGAAAGGGUUCUUGGAGUGAAACUGCGAGGAAAGAAAUAAUGACAAUGGAGUACUGAAGGCAUGCUGAAUCGAGUGGUUUUGGUGCACAGUGGAAAUAAUGGUAUAAUGUACACUCUGCUUGCUUGUUGAGGUGUUUGUCAUAUGCAGUAUGUUGGUCUGUCUUUUUAAACUGCUCAGUCUUGCACGAGUCCUGCAAUAAACUGCAGUCAGUUUCUAAUGUCCGUUUGUAGUGUGCUAUACUUUGACUCAAACCUGGUUUCACUGAUGUAUAUGCAGUUUUCUCUCAUUGUCUUGUCA